UAUUCCAUUCGCUUAGCCAUCCUUCUCUCACUUCCCCUCCAUUUUCUCUCCAUCCAAGCACCGGAAAAACCCUAAAAUGUCGCCGGAGAUACCGUUUUCCGGCGAGAAAGUCGGCGUGGAUCCGGCGGAGAUGAAUGAAAAGAAGAAGACGAAGAAGCAGGUGAAGGUGUCGCUGGUGAAGCUAUUCUCCUUCGCCGAUUUCUACGAUUACGUUUUAAUGGCCGUCGGAUCCAUGGGAGCGUGCGUUCAUGGCGCUUCGGUUCCUGUCUUCUUCAUCUUCUUCGGUAAACUCAUCAAUAUCAUCGGUAUCGCUUACCUCUUCCCUAAACAAGCUUCUCCCCAAGUCGCCAAGUAUUCGCUGGAUUUCGUGUAUCUGAGUGUGGCGAUACUAUUCUCAUCAUGGAUAGAGGUGGCGUGUUGGAUGCACACGGGGGAGAGACAGGCGGCGAAGAUGAGAAGGGCGUAUCUGCGGUCGAUGCUGAGCCAAGACAUUAGCUUAUUCGACACCGAAGCUUCUACCGGCGAAGUCAUCUCCGCCAUCACCAGCGACAUCAUCGUCGUCCAAGACGCCCUCUCCGAGAAGGUAGGGAACUUCUUGCACUACAUAAGCCGGUUCAUAGCCGGUUUUGCCAUCGGGUUCGCGAGGGUAUGGCAAAUAAGUCUGGUUACGCUCUCCAUUGUCCCCCUCAUAGCUCUCGCUGGCGGCAUCUACGCUUUCGUCGCCACCGGUUUGCUUGCCCGAGUCCGGAAAUCCUACGUCAAGGCAGGUGAGAUUGCAGAAGAGGUGAUAGGAAACGUGAGGACAGUACAAGCAUUUGCAGGGGAGGAAAAAGCGGUGAGAUCGUACAGAGAUGCUCUCAAGAACACUUACAAGUACGGAAGGAAAGCUGGAUUAACCAAAGGACUAGGGCUUGGUUCAAUGCAUUGUGUUCUGUUCCUGUCGUGGGCUUUGCUCGUGUGGUUCACAAGCAUCGUCGUCCACAAGGGCAUCGCCAAUGGCGGAGAAUCCUUCACCACUAUGCUCAACGUCGUCAUCGCUGGCCUCUCUCUGGGACAGGCAGCUCCCGACAUUUCCGCCUUCGUGCGGGCAAAAGCUGCAGCCUAUCCGAUCUUCCAGAUGAUCGAACGGAACACGCUGUCCAAAACCGCCUCGAAGUCCGGCCGUACACUCAUGAAAGUUGACGGGUAUAUCCAUUUCAAGGACGUGACUUUCAGCUACCCAUCUCGGCCAGAUGUCAUCAUAUUCGACAAGCUUAACCUCCACAUCCCUGCCGGAAAAAUCGUGGCUCUGGUCGGAGGGAGCGGGUCCGGGAAGAGCACGGUGAUAUCUCUGAUCGAACGGUUCUAUGAGCCCAUCUCAGGUGGGGUUUUGCUCGACGGGAACGUCGUGAGAGAGCUUGAUCUCAAGUGGCUGAGGAAUCAGAUCGGUUUGGUGAAUCAAGAGCCUGCUCUUUUCGCCACGACCAUCCGUGAGAAUAUUUUGUACGGAAAGGAUGAUGCUACCGUUGAGGAGAUUACCCGAGCAGCGAAGCUUUCAGAGGCUUUGUCAUUCAUCAACAAUCUCCCUGAUGGGUUCGAGACACAGGUGGGGGAGAGAGGAAUCCAGCUUUCAGGAGGACAGAAACAAAGGAUAGCAAUCUCGAGAGCGAUCGUGAAGAACCCGUCGGUCCUUCUCUUGGACGAAGCGACGAGCGCUCUAGACGCCGAGUCGGAGAAGAGCGUACAGGAGGCACUGGACAGAGUGAUGGUCGGGAGGACAACAGUGGUGGUGGCUCAUAGGUUGUCCACCAUCAGAAACGCCGAUAUCAUCGCUGUGGUUCAAGAAGGGAAGAUCGUUGAGACCGGAAGCCAUGACGAGCUCAUCUCUAACCCUAAUGGAGCGUACUCUUCUCUUCUUCACCUCCAAGAAUCCUCUUCUCUCCAGCGUCAUCCUUCUCUGAACCGUACUCUUAGCAGGCCUCACAGCUUGAAGUACUCGCGUGAGCUAUCGAGAACAAGAACGAGUUUCAACGCUAGUUUCUGCUCGGAGAGAGACUCAGUGACUCGCCCGGACAUGACCGAUCCAUCCAAACAGAUAAAGGUCACACCGAGCCGUCUCUACUCCAUGAUUCGACCAGACUGGCCGUACGGUGUAUCGGGCACGUUCGGAGCAUUAGUUGCCGGAGCUCAGAUGCCGCUAUUCGCGCUCGGUGUUUCGCAGGCCCUCGUCUCUUAUUACAUGGACUGGGACACAACUCAACACGAGGUUAAGCGGAUCGCUGUCCUCUUCUGUUGUGCCUCUGUCGUCACUGUCAUAGUUUACACCAUCGAGCAUUUGAGUUUCGGCAUUAUGGGAGAACGUUUAACUCUCCGCGUCCGUGAAAUGAUGUUUUCGGCGAUUCUGAGGAACGAGAUAGGAUGGUUCGACGACGUGAACAACACGAGCUCGAUGCUGGCUUCGCGUCUGGAGGGCGACGCCACUUUGCUGAAAACGAUCGUUGUCGACAGAUCGACGAUUCUUCUCCAAAACGUCGGCCUUGUCGCCACUUCUUUCAUCAUAGCCUUCAUACUCAACUGGAGACUCACCUUAGUGGUCUUAGCUACUUAUCCUUUGGUCAUAAGCGGCCAUAUCAGUGAGAAACUUUUCAUGCAAGGCUAUGGAGGAAACUUGAGCAAAGCGUACUUAAAAGCCAACAUGCUGGCAGGAGAGGCAGUGAGCAACAUCAGGACAGUGGCCGCUUUCUGCGCCGAGGAGAAAGUUCUAGAUCUUUACUCUAGAGAGCUUCUGGAACCUUCUAAACGUUCCUUCAAGCGUGGACAGAUCGCUGGAAUCUUCUAUGGCAUCUCCCAGUUCUUCAUCUUCUCCUCCUACGGCCUCGCCCUCUGGUAUGGAUCGGUUUUGAUGGGGAAGGGGCUAGCGAGCUUCAAAUCGGUGAUGAAAACGUUCAUGGUUCUGAUCGUGACAGCGUUGGCGAUGGGCGAAACGCUUGCUCUGGCUCCAGAUCUUCUCAAGGGGAAUCAAAUGGUGGCUUCGGUGUUUGAACUGUUGGACAGGAAAACGCAGGUUGUCGGAGACGCGGGUGAAGAGCUCACCGGCGGCGUGGAAGGCACGAUUGAGCUGAAGGGCGUUCACUUCAGCUACCCUUCGCGGCCUGACGUCGUGAUUUUCCGCGAUUUCAAUCUGAGAGUGCGUUCUGGGAAGAGUAUGGCAUUGGUCGGACAGAGCGGAGGGAGCGGGUCCGGGAAGAGCACGGUGAUAUCUCUGAUCGAACGGUUCUAUGAGCCCAUCUCAGGUGGGGUUUUGCUCGACGGGAACGACAUCAAGAAGCUGAGGCUGAAAUCACUGAGGAAACACAUAGGAUUGGUACAACAAGAACCGGCGCUAUUCGGGACGACGAUCUACGAGAACAUACUGUACGGAAAAGAGGGAUCGUCUGAGUCGGAGGUGAAGGAAGCAGCGAAGCUGGCAAACGCGGACAGCUUCAUAAGCUCUCUGCCGGAAGGUUACAACACCAAAGUGGGAGAACGCGGCGUUCAGCUUUCCGGCGGUCAGCGUCAGAGAAUCGCGAUUGCGAGAGCCGUUCUCAAGAACCCCGAGAUUCUCCUCCUCGACGAAGCCACCAGUGCCUUGGACGUCGAAUCCGAACGCGUGGUGCAACAAGCAUUGGACCGGCUGAUGAGGAACAGGACGACGGUGGUGGUGGCUCACAGGCUGUCGACCAUAAAAAACUCCGACACGAUAAGUGUAAUACAAGACGGUAAGAUCAUAGAGCAAGGCUCCCAUUCCGCCCUCCUCGACAACAAGAACGGUCCUUACUCCAAGCUCAUCAGUCUUCAGCAGCAAGAUCACCGCCGCCUCCUUUCUUGAAAUUAUUUAAUUCGCUAAUAUUAAUUAUUCCGUUUUCUUCCUCCUUUGUUCUUUUCCCACAUUAAAAAUAAAAUUUCCUUAUGUUUUUAUUCCUUGAGAAAGCUCCUUGAUCGUAGUAUAUAACAUCUGUUCCAUGAUGGUUGUUGUAUUAUCUAUAAAUAUUCGAUUGGUCUGACCGUAAUUUCAGUGUAAAGUUUCGUUAUUUUUUGCA